AUGAGAUCAACGUCUAUGGACAACGCAACGGCAUCUUACUGGCUCUCCAGUCCUCAUCGGCUAGCUAGCUUUCGUUCAUCGCAGACAGUCCCUCAAGAAUCUGACGUGGUGAUAGUUGGAACCGGCCUGGCAGGAGUAUCCCUGGCAUAUGAACUUCUUAAAAAGUGCUCCGAGGGAGGAAACACACCGUCGGUAACGCUGCUAGAAGCUCGUCAAGCUUGUUCUGGCGCAACGGGAAGAAAUGGCGGGCACGUCAAAACAUCAUUGCCUGCUGUCAAGACAUGGUAUGAGAAAUACGGUCCUCAGCUGACUGCUCGGCUUGUCGCCUGGACUGGAGCACAGCGAAGCGCUAUAAAAAGAAUCGUGGAACAGGAGUCUUUGGAGUGCGAGUUACUCGUAACGCGCUCCUACGACGUAUUUUAUGAUCCGGCCCAGGCCACCGACACGAAAGCCUGGCUUCUGGAGAUGAGACAGCGGAAAGCUGAGUGGGUGGACGGCUUUCAAUGGUUGGAAGGACCGCAUCUUGACCAGAUGAUUGGUGUCAAAGGGGCCGUCGCCGCGGCUGGUGGGCCUGCAAUCUCGUUAUGGCCGUACAAGUUUGUCAUGGGCCUGCUUGCGCGCGUGCUCAAAUUGGGUGCAAGUCUUUAUACCGACACGCCAGUCGAGUCGGUUGAUGAUUCAGAUGAGCCCGGAUCAGUCAAAUUGUCCACUUCACGUGGAGUCAUCAAGGCCAAAAAGGUCAUAUACGCAACCAAUGGAUAUACAGCUGCGAUUUUACCUCUGUACCGCGCAGUCAUUGUCCCGUUUCGAGGGCAAAUGUCGCAGGUGGUUCCGACAACUACACAUGCCCAUCGCUGUCCAAACUUGACUGCUACCUACAACCUCUACCACAUGCCCACUUCCGUUGACUACCUCAACCCUCGUCCGGAUGGCUCCAUUAUCCUCGGCGGAGGCAUAAGUCAUUACAGGCGCGCGGAUAAGGAUUACAGUCAAAGCUGGUUUGAUACCGUGGACGAUGCGACGCUGAUUAGGGAUUCGAUAUGCUCGUAUUUUGAGGAUAUUGCCAAUACCAAGCUCUACGGUUGGGAGAGAAGGGGAGCGCGGGUUGAGGCAAGUUGGACAGGCAUAAUGGGUGCGACUAUGGAUAGUUUGCCCCAUGUCGGUCCUGUGCCUGGAAAGGAAAACCAAUGGAUCAUGGCAGGCUUCAAUGGUGGUGGUAUGACUAUGAUUGUCACGCUAGCCCAAGAAUUUGCCGACGUUUUAGUUGCUGGUAAAAUGCUCGAAGAAUCCAACAUUCCUCUGAUAUUCAAGUCAACACCGAGGCGUAUGCAGGCAAGGUUCUGGUAG